AUGGCACAUCCUGGCACUGUUGGAUAUGGAGAAAAUUUGUGGGCAAAUAGCUGGGCUAUGGAUAAUUUGAUAAAUGGCGCUCCUUUAUCUUGGUGGAGUGAGAAAAAUCAGUGCCCUAUACUUGCGAACAAUCUACAAGUGACUCCUGAUGUUUUUGAUAAAUGUGGACAUAUGACUCCGAUGGCAUGGUCACAUACUACUCAAAUUGGAUGUGGUAUACAGCUUUGUCCAGCUCAAGAUUGGUGCUCAGGAUGGGUUUGUAUUAUAUUAAUUAAACAGCUGGAACAGAAUAAAAUAACGCUAAAAUAA